AUGAAGAAAGGUGUCCUUCUCCCUAGGUACAGGCCAGCGUCUUGCCUUUCCACGCCUCCUAAGUGCAGCUGGCUCCUCUGCAUCCCCGCGCCCUCCUCCCAGGCCGUUCAAAAACCCCUUGUUUCCUCCUGGGGCUCCGAUUACAAGUCAAUUAAUUUCGAACUUUCUCGGCUUCCGUAGCGUGGACGUCCUCCUGCGCGCUGUUCGCGGUUGUCAUGGCUACACUUCCUGUAACAUUGAUGUUAGCAGCUCUAAGCUCUCGGGUUCUGAAGCAGGUCAGUGCUCAGCGGCGGGGGGAAGCGGGAGGGAUCAAGCGGUCUUCGACGCCGAGAGCAGGGACGGAUCCCCUCUCCUGACAAGACAGCCGGGGAGGAACCCGUUUCGAUCGCUAAGAUAG